GGGGAAGUUGCAUUUUCAAAAGAUGAUUCAGUGUAACUGAAUGGCAAAAGCUGCAUUGUGUAUUGUGUCUGUAUUGUUUAACUAAAGCAGGCACUGACUACAAAUUUCACAGGAAUAGACAACAUCUUUAAACUUCUUGGCUUGGCCAAAGGGAUACUGUGAAGGCAACUGACUAAUAUGAAACAACCUGUUCUGUAAAAAAAAAGAAAGAAGAGAAAAAACAUGGAUUUCCGAAGCAUCCCUUCAUGUUCCGAAGUCAGCUGUUGGAGCCCUGAAGCUCUCAUUGAAUAUUUUAGAGCUCACAACCUUCGUGAUUGUGAAAAGUUGGUCAAAAAGCAAGGCAUUACCGGAAAGAGAUUUUUGGAAAUGACUGAAAAUGAAAUACAGAAGUUUCCCAAAGUAGCAGUACCAAUGCUGAUAAAAAUCCAACAACACAUGAACAAGAAAGAUGAGAAGAGGGGCUUCUUUCAGAAAAAGACAGCAAUCCCGAGAUUUCCACAGGAAACUGAAUUUAUUCCUGAAGACAAAGAAUUUUCUGACUCUGACUCAUUUGAGGAGGAUUAUGAAAGUCCCAAUGAGUUUGAUGAUGAUGACUAUGAACGCCCAGCAUCAGAAAAUGAAGAGGAUGAAAAUGAAAAUGGAGAUUAUGAGCCACCUCCUCCCAAUAUUGAAGAUGCUCAUCCUCCCAUAUUUCAAUUAAAGCCAAAUGUAACUAACUCCCCCUAUGCAGACAGAGAGUUUGGAAAUUCUACCAAAAAUCCUCCAGAGCCCCCAAAGAGGCCGGGGAAUCCAGGACUUCCACCAAACAGGGGACAUACUUUUCCUGGGUAUUCACCCUCAUCAAAUCAAGAAAACAGAGCGAAUACACUCGGUCCAAGCAUUGAUCGUACAAUCAAGCCAAGUUUUGAAAUGACCUAUCCGCCAAAUGUUGGAAGAGGGAAACCACCUAUUCCAGGAAAGAUUCAGACUGGACAUGCAGGUAUCAGUCAACAGGCAUCUGAAAAAUUAUCAAAUCUUAUAAAACCCCCCGUUCCCAUUGAAAGAAACAAUCAGCCAUUUGAAAGGAGAAUACCGAGUCCAAGGCCCAGUUUACCUAUGGACAAAAGAUUCAAUCCAGAAGAAGAUGCACCUAAGCGGCAAGUUCCUCCACCAGGAGGCCUUGGAUUUUCCUCAAAUACUUUUCCUCCAAGGCCGUCUGCGAAGAAUUCAUUUCCUGGAUUGCCAGUUACAGAAGGUCCAUCCCCACCAGGACCAGCACCUCCCCCUCAUAAACCAGGUAAUAUGAAUCGGUCUUUCUCAGAAGGAACAUGUAACGGCAGGCCGCCAGCUCCUAUUCCUACCAGCUAUAAUCAGACUUCAGCAACAGAAAAAGAGAGCCUGUCUCAAGACCAGUGGUAUACUGGCAAUAUUUCAAGAUCAGAAGCUGAAACAGCCCUAAGAUCAAUCAAUCAGGAUGGAACAUUUUUGGUGAGAAACAGCUCCAAGUCAACGGCUUCACAUCCAUAUGUUCUAAUGGUGUUAUACAGAAACAAGGUUUACAACAUUCAGAUUCGACAGGACCAGACAAAUGGCCUAUACAUGCUGGGGACCGGACUCAGAGGACAGGAGACCUUUACUUCAGUGGAGGAAAUUAUUGACUACUUUCAUAAAACACCACUUCUUCUUAUUGAUGGAAAGGAUCAAAGUUCGAGGCAACACUGUAUGCUUACAUUUGCUGCUGGUUGCUGCCUAACUUAACAACAAAUAGUCAUCAUUUACUCAUUGGUGAACACUGGUUAUUGUCAAGCUUUCCAAAGGAUAACAGUUACACCGUUCUUUUUAAAAUUUUUAACUCAGUUUUUCUUUUUUUAAAUGAAGUUUUUCGAAGCCUGAAGGCAGGCAUACCAUCAAAUUGCUUUUAUUCAUUCCGAUAUGGUGGUAAAACCAUAUUGCUCCAACAGACUCGGCAACAUGCAAAGUGAAUAUUCAGUAAUAUCUAAAUUGUGUUGCGACAUCUCUUAACAUUUGAUAAAAGAAAUCCAUAACCUGCUCCUAUUAACUGUGUGCAAUAUAAGAUAUGACUAUGCAAUGAAAUGCAGCAAGUGCCGACUAUAAGGACAGAAAAAAAACAGCUUGUGGGAAUCUGUAUUUCAGUGUGUUGUUAUACUAAGUAACUGCUAUUUCUUGCUAGGCUGCUGAUGCCACUGGAGUUCUUGUUAAUAAAAAAUUUGUGUUUAUCUGUACAUACUAUUGGGCAUUCAGCGAGUAGUUUCACAGCAGUAAUGUUUAUUGCAGUAAUGAAAAAUACCACUCGUAGAUAACACAGGCUUGGUGCCACACAGAGCAAACCUGAGAAUGAUUGCACUGAGUGUGAAAAGUGCUCUCUAUUAGUGAUGAGCGAAUCUGUUCCGUUUCGCUUCGCCGAAAAAUUAGCGAAUCUUUGAAAAGAUCCGCGAAACGGCGAAAAAUUCGCGAAGCGGCGAAAAUGUCGUGCGACAAAAAAAAUUGUCGCCCGCGGCUAUUAUUUUGUCGCGCGCGGCUCUUGUUUUGUCGCGCGGCUCUUGUUUCGUCGCGCGGCUCUUGUUUCGUCGCCCGCGGCUCUUGUUUCGUCGCGCGGCUCUUGUUUCGUCGCCCGCGGCUCUUGUUUCGUCGCGCGGCUCUUGUUUCGUCGCCCGCGACUAUUCUUUUUUGACGCCGCAACAAUUUUUGGACGUGCGGCGAAUUUUUCCGCGGCGAAAUUUUUCAUCCGUUUCGCGAAACAAUCCGCCAAUGGCGAAACGCGGAAAUUCGCCGCGAAUCCAUGCCUGGCGAAACUUUUCGCCCAUCACUACUCUCUAUUAAUAAGCAGAAAGUUCUAAAGCUGUUUGCCACAACUAAUUGUGAUGAAUGGCCAUGUUUGCUACACAGAGUUCACUCAAGCUCUUUUUGUAUACCCUAACCCAGCAAGAAAAUAUUCUCAUGAUACCAUCUCCCCUGAGUUCACCAACAAAUGCUGUACUAGGGCUUUGAAUUAAUUUCACUGUGCCAUGUUACACAAUUAUAUUGUAUGGAUGUACUCAUUUGUUUUAAUAUGUGUACAAUGGAAUGAAGCAAUCCUUAAUAAAUGCUGAGAGAAUAUUUGAACAUUU